UGUGAAGCUUUCCAAGCGUUUACGGAUGGUACACUUUAUAUUGAUAUAGUUUUAUGUGAAACGUCAAGAGUAUAGCAAGACAAAAGUGAAAAAAAGACUAGUUUCGGGAUUUUAGACAAUGCUUUCAAACCAAAAAAUUAUAGUCAUAGAUAAUGGCUCUUACAAAUGCCGCGUUGGUUAUAGUAAUUCUGAUAAGCCCAUAUUGGAAUUUCGAAAUCUAAUCGCGAAACCACGGAAGGAUAAACGGAAAGAUCCAAAUGGCCAUACCAAUGAAAAUGUUUACCAAAUAGGAGAUGAAAUUGACGUGGAUGCUAUGCGUUUGCUUAUAAAAAAUCAGUUCGAAAGGAAUGUGGUCACACACCCGAUAUAUCAAGAGCAUAUAUUUGAUUCCAUAUUUAACAAACUGGGGACUGGGAACGAUUGGAAACCAUUUCCCGUACUGAUAACAGAGCCCUUAGCUAAUCCUACUUAUUGUCGACAAACUCUGAACGAACUAUUGUUUGAAUGCUAUGAAGUACCUGCUGUAAGCUACGGUAUUGAUUCCAUGUUCAGUUGGCAUAGAAAUAAACACGCGUAUGAAAGCAACGCCUUAAUUUUGUCGCUCGGUUAUCACACUACCCAUGUAAUGCCUAUAUUAGGAGGGCAACUCAAAUACAAACACAUACGUCGCCUGAAUUUAGGCGGCUACGAAAUGGUGUCUUACUUGUUCCGUUUAUUGCAAAUGAAGUACCCUGCCCAUUUGAAUGCGAUUACUUUGACACGCACGGAAAGUAUCUUCCACAAUCACAGCUUUAUAGUUCGCGAUUAUAUUGAGGAACUAAAAAGGUGGAAUAACAUCGACUAUUACAAUGAAAAUGUCAAAAAGAUACAGCUGCCCUAUGUUCAACCGUUCACAAUCAACACUAUUUCAGCAGAAGAAAAGUUAAAGAAGCGUAAAGAAAUUACUAAACGAUUAGUAGAAGCAAAUCAAAAAAGGCUGAAAGAAAAACGAGAAGAGAACGGUGGAGGCCCUUCAGGCGCCUUAUCUAACAAUGUGGUAAGCAGUCGUCCCCGAAGUAUUAAAUCAUAUCAGCCCCCUUCCGGUGUUUCAUUAGCCGUUUGGUUAAAUGAUAUUAAAAGAAAGCAUGAAGAAUUGUUGCAAAAAAGAACAUUUCGCUCUAGAAAACGCCAGGAAAUGGUGAAACGUCAUACUCUAGCGUCGCAAGAACGGAUGCGUAUAAUUUCUUUGUUAGCUUCUGAUGAAAAAGGUACUGAUGAAUUUGGUAAAGACGACAGAGAUUGGGAUGUCUACAAAAAAAUCAGUUUCGAAAAUGAAAGUGAUAGUGAAACUGAAAACGAGAAGUUGAUGGAAUAUGAAAACAUCCUUAAACACCACCAAGCAAACAUAGUCGAACAGCAACAGAAUUGCGCAGAGAACACGGCAGAAUUAUAUCAGCUGCACGUGGGUGUGGAGUCUUUACGAGCGCCUGAAUUGCUUUUUCAGCCUAGUAUGAUUGGUAUGAGUGAAACCGGCCUAGCUGAAUUAAUAGAUUUUGUCUUUAAUGCAUUUCCACUAGACGAGCAACAAACGUUGGCUAGUAAUAUUUUUAUAACUGGAGGCUGUUCACAAUUACCAGGGUUAAAGAACAGACUGUUGAAAGAACUCCAAGAAAUGCGGCCUUCCAAAUCUGUAUUUUCUAUUAAAGAAUCUCAGGUUCCUAGCUUGGACGGCUGGUUCGGAGCGAGAGAUUUUGUUAAUUUAAACGACUGUACUAAAUAUUUUGUCACAAAACUAGAAUAUGAUGAAAACGGAUCAGAAUACUUUAAGGAAUAUUCACUUGCUAUAAGUGCACUGCCUUCCUUGUUCCGUUUAUUACAAAUGAAGUACCCGAUCCAUUUAAAUGCGAUUUAUGCGUCAUCAUAUUCAGGAGCUAAAAAGGUGGAAUAA